CUUACUUCCGUCCACCUGCUUCAGCCAUGCGACUUCUCACGGCCUCUUGCCUCCUCUUGGCGGCAUCCGUCGCCUACUCGGCCGUCAUCCUGGACAACGGCGCGCCCAUCAUGUGGGCCCAGACGGCGGCCCAGGUGAGCGACCUGCCUGUGCAGAACGAUAUCCUGACCCCCAACCCGUGGAGCUUCCUGCACCGCAUGAGCUUCUACCGGCUGAUGAUCGGCGCCACCGAUCCAUUCAUGGGCUCCAUGGGCACCGGUGCUACCGAGAGUCCCCUGUGGGGUUUGCCACUACAGUUCGGGUGGAUGCUGACUUCAGGCCGUCUUGCCGACCCAACCGGCGCCACAACCUGUGGGCAUCAGACCGGAGAUACCAUGUGCAUUUCUCCCCAGAGCUGGUGGGGCUGUGUGAACCACUUUUUGUCCGUUCUGCCCUUCCUUUCCGCCGCCCAGCAGGGAUUCUUCGGACAAGGGGUCCAGGUCCAGAUGCAGGUACCUGAAGGUACGGAGGGCUACUGCACCACCUACGCCGACUGCUCAACUAGCUACGCCGAUGUGAUGGCUAAAUGGGACGCUUUCUUCAUGGGCCUCAAGGCCUCCACGGAGUCCAUCCUGCCCGAGAACGAGAAGAAAGACUCCAUCCUCGGCCUCUACUGGGACGCCCAUAUGGCUUCGCUUCGUGCCGCCGCAGCCUGCAGCGCCAAGCAGAGUCACUACUCCGCCUCAGAGGUUAACUUUGCCUCCAGCUGGAUGAACUCGGCCGAAUACGUGUCUGCCGCCAAUUUCCAGUCCUCCUUAGAGAAGUCCAUCAUGUUCCUCACUCCUUUGCCAGGACGCGUGUUGCAGGAGGGUGACCAAGCGCCCAAUAUUGCUGACAUGACUCAGGAAGAGAACCACACACUGUCCAUCUUCUCCUGGAUGAAGAGCAUGAACACAAUGCUGGGCGGCACUCUGGUGCGCAUGUGGCGCAGCGCCAUGUGCUCGGUGACCACCCGAGAGAAGGGCAGAGAAAUGCUGGAGCAGCUCCUGCUCAAUCCCAGCUUUGCCACCAGCACCUUCCUGUCCAUCAUCACCGGCAUGGCCACCAGCUGCUGAGGAGGGGGGGGACGGAUACAUCAUCAUCCAACCAAACACCCAAACUCAAUAUCAUCGUCU